AAUUCAGGUAUCUGGUGCAAACCUAGUAGUGAGAAUUUCACUCAGUGUAUUGACAGGCCGAAAAGUCAUAGGAAGCUGGAUGCAAAGACAAAUGGUUACAUCCUGAUAAACGCGAAUGGUGGCUUGAAUCAGAUGAGAUUUGGGAUCUGUGAUAUGGUCGCUGUUGCUAAAAUCAUGAAGGCGACUCUUGUCCUUCCAUCUCUUGAUCACACUUCCUACUGGGCUGAUGAGAGUGGCUUCAAAGAUCUGUUUGAUUGGCAGAACUUCAUUGAGACUCUGAAAGAUGACAUCCACAUAGUUGAAACAUUACCCCUUGGCUAUGCUGGAAUUGAACCUUACACAAAAACACCAAUAUCUUGGUCUAAGGGAGGUGUAUGCCAAAGACGAGGUACUGUUGUGAGAGGCCUCAGGGCGGGGGGAGAUGGGUUCCUCAGAGCCAACAGGGGAGUGGAUACGGUUAGCUAUUAUAAGUCAGAGGUUCUCCCUCUUCUGAAGCAGCACAAAGUAAUAUAUUUGACCCACACUGAUUCCCGACUUGCCAACAACGAUCUCCGCACUUCCAUACAGAAGCUAAGGUGCCGUGUGAAUUACAGGGCACUAAAAUACUCGACAUCAAUAGAAGAACUGGCAAAAGUCUUGGUUUCAAGAUUGCGACAAAACAGUAGCCCUUAUAUUGCUCUUCAUUUGAGGUAUGAGAAGGAUAUGCUCGCUUUCACGGGCUGCAGUCAUAAUUUGACUGCAGUGGAAGAUGAUGAGCUGCGUAGGAUGCGGUAUGAGGUCAGCCAUUGGAAGGAAAAAGAGAUUGAUGGGUCAGAGAGAAGGCAGCUUGGUGGCUGCCCAUUGACCCCAAGGGAAACUGCUCUUUUGCUUAAAGGGCUGGGUUUCCCAUCCAACACAAGGAUUUACCUGGUUGCUGGUGCAGCUUAUGGAACUGGGACUAUGCAACAUCUCACAGAAAGUUUCCCAAAUAUCUUCUCCCAUUCAAUUCUUGCCACAGAACAAGAACUAAAUCCUUUCAGGAAUCACCAGAACAUGCUGGCCGGUCUGGACUAUGUUGUUGCCCUUCGUAGUGAUGUUUUCGUUUAUACCUAUGAUGGUAAUAUGGCAAAGGCAGUUCAAGGUCAUAGACGCUUUGAGAACUUCAAGAAAACUAUCAAUCCGGACAGGAUGAAUUUUGUAAAACUAGUUGAUGAAUUUGAUGAAGGAAGAAUUUCUUGGAAGAAAUUUAGUUCUAAAGUGAAGAAGCUUCAUAAAGAUCGAGUUGGAGCUCCAUAUAUGAGGGAACCUGGUGAAUUUCCAAAGCUUGAAGAGAGUUUUUAUGCAAACCCCUUUCCUGGAUGUAUUUGUGAAAGAUCAAAUGAGAAAUAGAGGUGGAUCAUAAAGGUUUUUGCGAUUUUUUUGUGAGUUCAGCUGCUAGAGAAAAAACUCUUGAAGAAUUUGUUGCCAUUGCUUUACACGGUCCCUCAGGAAGUAGCAGGGUUAAACCUUCACCAGGGAAAUUAACUACAUCACUUUGAAAACAAGUCAGGUUGGAGGGGCGCAUACUCAGUUCUGUAGUACCUAUACGAUGAAGUUCUGUAAUUGCAGCUUCAUUCAGGGUACACUGCAGAGAAGAGAAUCUUACUACACUUACAGUGAUCCAUCGAGAAAGUAGUUCACUUCAUCAAUCGGACAUCUUUCCAUUGGAUUAUAUUUUACAAGGUAGGUUGUUUUGAGGCUGUUUACUAACUGAUGAAUUACGAGAGGGUGACACAGAAAGUAGUGUGUUACUUUCAAAUAUCAGUUACACGAAAGUGAUAUUAUAUGGUGCAAAUGGAGCAUUUUAUUGUCGAUGGAUGUACAACAUUCUCAACGGAAAAUUGUCAGUAAGAUCUGCAUUAGGAUAGAAACCAAUGGUCCAG